GUGAGUGCGCGCCGCCGGGUGCGAGUCGAGCAGCGGCAGCGCCGGAGCGGAGGAAGCUUCUGACUGCCUAGAAGUUAAGAAAGGGUGUGAGGAACCUGGUUGGUCAAGGUGGAACAGUCUGUCUGUCUUCUCAAGAGCCUUUCCACAACUGCCUUCUUGCAAAGCCUUUGGCCACCCCCCACUGUGCCAUGUUUUGUGGCUCCCAGCAUAAGAGGAGUUUGUCUUGAUGAAGAUUCCUAACAUUGGUAAUGUGAUGAAUAAAUUUGAGAUCCUUGGGGUUGUAGGUGAAGGAGCCUAUGGCGUUGUACUUAAAUGCAGACACAAGGAGACACAUGAGAUUGUGGCUAUCAAGAAAUUCAAAGACAGCGAAGAAAAUGAAGAAGUCAAAGAAACCACUCUUCGAGAGCUUAAAAUGCUUCGCACUUUGAAACAGGAGAACAUAGUGGAGCUGAAGGAAGCCUUCAGAAGAAGAGGAAAAUUAUACUUAGUUUUUGAAUAUGUGGAAAAAAAUAUGCUGGAGUUGUUAGAAGAGAUGCCAAAUGGAGUUCCACCAGAAAAAGUGAAGAGCUACAUCUACCAGCUCAUUAAAGCAAUUCACUGGUGCCAUAAGAAUGACAUUGUGCACAGAGAUAUCAAGCCAGAGAAUCUCUUAAUAAGCCACAACGAUGUUCUGAAGCUGUGUGACUUUGGCUUUGCUCGUAAUCUGUCUGAAGGAAGCAAUGCCAACUACACGGAGUAUGUGGCUACCAGAUGGUACCGCUCACCUGAGCUGCUCCUGGGAGCCCCUUACGGGAAGGCUGUGGAUAUGUGGUCUGUGGGCUGCAUCCUGGGAGAGCUGAGUGAUGGGCAGCCCUUGUUCCCUGGUGAGAGUGAGAUUGACCAGCUCUUCACCAUCCAGAAGGUGCUGGGCCCACUGCCAGCAGAGCAGAUGAAGCUCUUCUACAGCAACCCACGCUUCCAUGGCCUGCGGUUUCCAGCAGUCAACCAUCCACAGUCUUUAGAGAGAAGAUACUUGGGAAUUUUAAGUGGUGUCUUGCUUGAUCUUAUGAAGAACUUACUGAAGUUAGAUCCAGCAGAUAGAUAUUUGACAGAACAGUGCCUGAACCAUCCUUCCUUUCAAACCCAAAGACUCCUGGAUCGCUGUGGAAGUUCACCGUCGCGCUCAGCCAAGAGGAAACCUUACCACGCAGAGAGCAACACCUUGUCCAACAGAACUCAAGCCAGCAAAAGUUCUGCUUUGCAGUCCCACCACAGAUCAAACAGCAAGGAUUUGCAGACACUAGGGGUUGGCGGGCCAAGGGAAGAAGGUCUUCCAGCAAACGAAAGCUUUCUGAACGGGAACCUUCCCGGAGCUUCCCCCAGCCCCAUGCACGCCAAGAAGCCCAGCGCCGCGCCCGGCUCCGGCAACAAGGAUCUGGCCAAUAACAACCUGCCGCACCUCCUCAGCCCCAAGGAAGCCAAGGCAAAGACAGAGUUCGACUUCAACGUGGAGCCAAAGAGCUCAGAGGGUUCGGGCACCAAGUACCUGAAGUCCAACAGCAGGUCCCAGCAGAACCGGCACUCGCUGAUGGAAAGCUCGCAGAGCAAGACCGGCACGCUGCAGCCCGGCCGCCACAGCUACAUCGACACCAUCCCCCAGGCCUCCAAGAGCCCUUCCUACCGCACCAAGUCCAAGAGCCACGGCGUGCUGACAGACUCCAAAUCCGUGGGCAACCUGUCCGAGGCCAGGGCCCAAGCCGCGGAACCCGCCGGCGGGAGGUAUUUUCCCUCCAGCUGCAUGGACUUGAACUCUCCCACCAGUCCCACCCCGCCUCGGCACGGCGAGAACAGAACUUUGCUCAGCCCCUCCGGGAGGAACAGCCGCGGCGAGGGCACCCUGGACGGCCGAAGGCCGGCGGCGAGGCACUCCAAAACCAUGGAGGAGUUAAAACUGCCAGAUCACAUGGAUGGAAGCCAUUCCCACUCUCUCUCUGCUCCACACGAGUCUUUUUCCUAUGGUCUAGGUUAUACCAGUCCUUUCUCUUCACAGCAGCGCCCUCAUAGACACUCUAUGUAUGUGAGCCGGGACAGAGUCAGGUCAAAGGGCUCAGAGGGUGGCUUAAGCAUAGGGCAAGGGAUGGCAGCCAGAGCAAACAGCCUGCAACUGUUAUCUCCACAGGUGCAGCAUAAGUCACUCACAAGAUCUGUUGGCUCGUCACGAGAAGACUGUACGGAAGAUACAAAUAGGGGUGGAGCAUAUCAUGAUCCACACUCAGAAGAUGGAACAUCUACUAAGGAAAAUAGAAUUCUGUAUAAUGACCCUGUUCCAAGGAGAGUUGGCAGCUUUUACAGAGUUCCAUCCCCGCGCCCAGACAGUACCUACCUAGAAAACAACGUCUCCAACAGAGCCUCUGUCUUACCAGCAGACAGCAGCACGGUGGCAAACCACUCCAAGAGACAAACCACCUUUGAUACCUGGAAAAGUCCUGAAAACCUUAACAGUCACUCAGAGCAGCUCAAGGAGAAAGAAAAGCAAGGUUUUUUCAGGGCAAUAAAAAAGAAAAAGAAGAAAUCUCAAACUACAGACUCAAGCAGCGGGGAGAAUCCGAGCAUCAAGAAAUCCCUCUUCCCUCUUUUUAAUUCAAAGACUAAUUUAAAGCAUAUCUCUUCUUUGAAAAAGCUUCCUGUAGUCACUCUACCCAUGAUGCCUAGCACUGAUGGUCAGGAUCUCUUGGCAUUACAGAAAGCCAUUCACACUAAUCACCAGAGCAGCAGGCAGAAGGAUUGGCAUCCUGAGAAGAUGACAGAAAUCCAGCCUCCUAGCCAGCCAUUAAAAUCCCUUCGGAAGCUCUUGCACCUCUCCUCCUCCAACCACCCCGGCCCCGCCGAGCCUCGCUUCCAGCCGCUGCCCAGUCAGCCAGCCAAAGCUUCCUUCUCUGAAGUGCGGAUCCACCCCAUCGGCCAGAGCUCCGGCGGCACUGCCAGCAACGUCAGGCAGGAGCCUCAGCCCAAGAGCAGGCCGGCACUGCAGAUACCCAGCCAGCUGGAGCCCGGCUGGCACGUCGGCAGGAGCGCCAGCGAGGCGCCUCCCUACUCGGAGCAGCUGCCCCCCAAGGGCGGCCAGAACGGGCACCCCUACAGCCGGACCAACCGCCCGCGCAUGCCCAACCUCAACGACCUGAAAGAGACAGCCUUGUAACGGCUCUGCGGGCAGGGGACAGGCCAGGGAGGGUGGAGGUCAGCCUAGGGCAGUGGUGGGUGGUGGUGGUGGUUGUAAGCCUGUGUUUAUCAGCUUUAGAGAGGCGUGCAAUACGGAGCUGUGGAGCUCUGCCCUUGGGCGCCGCAGCCAGUCAGGGAUUGGGCAGGAAAACAAAGUGGGGUUAGGAAUUUCCCAGGCAUCGGAAACGUCCCUGGGUGCCAGGCAGAGCGUGCCAGGCAGGGAGCAAGAGGCUUUGCCGUUUGCUCUCACUUCCAUUCCAGCUCAGUGCACUUCUCUGUCUGAAAGCUGGGAGAGCCUUCUGCUACGUCUUGGCACUUGAAAGGGUGAAAACCUUCACGUCUAGACCUAUGCCCUUACUUCCUUUCUUGGUUUAUUUUUGCUGCCUAGUUAAAGCAGUAGG